ACACGCAACAAUUUACCAUACGACUAUCGAGUGGGCGGCUAACACGUUUUUUUUUUUUUUUUUAAAUUAUUUAUUUAGUUUUAUGUUUGUCAAAUUUUGUUAAUUUAUUUCUUAAAAAGGAAAAUAUAAAAUCAUGGAGGAAAGUUUAUAUUAAAUUUUCCUUUUGGGAAAUAAGAAAAUUUUGAAAUCCCCCAACCCUUCUUAAUUUUCCAUUUGCGUGUUUUUGAUUAUUUUCCAAUCUCUCGUCUCUGCUCUUAUAAAUUCAACCCAUAAAUCUCCCAACAACUCUCUCUCUCUCUCUCUCCUUUACUUCCCUCUCUUGUAAGCCGUUCAAGGGAGUGAGGAGCUUCCAGUUUGCCCAUACAAAGAAGCUUUUUCGUAAUAAUAAUAAGAAGAAAAUGGGGUUCUUCUCUUUUCUCGGAAGGGUUCUCUUCGCCUCCCUUUUCAUCCUCUCCGCUUGGCAAGCGUUCAAUGAAUUUGGUGAUGAUGGUGGGCCUGCUGCCAAGGACUUGGUUCCCAAAUUUACCACCCUCAAAGAAAAUCUCUCGGCCAAGCUUGGUGUUGCAUUACCUAAUAUUGAUGCUAGGCAUUUAGUAGCAACUAUUAUAGCCUCAAAAGCUCUUGGAGGCAUCCUAUUUAUAUUCGGAAGCUCCUUUGGAGCUUAUAUCCUGAUUUUCUACUUAGCCUUGGUCACUCCAAUUCUUUACGAUUUCUACAACUACAGUCCUGAGAAGUUCCAGUUUGGUGUACUUUUGAACGACUUCCUCCAGAAUGUUGCACUAUUCGGUGCACUGCUGUUCUUCCUUGGUGUAAAGAACUCACUUCCAAAGAGGCAAACCAAGAAGAAGUCUCCCAAAUCGAAGACGGUUUAGGUAGAUGAUGCAGGAAAGAACCAACCGACAGAGAUUAUUGGAAUUAUUUUAAAGGGUGUUUUUUCUUUUUUGAAAUUUUUAGGUCAGAAGAAGUGGCUGCUCCUGCAGCAUCAAAAACCUUACUGCUGGAUGUUAAUCACUCGUCUGUUUUGUAAUUCUUUUUAGGAUUUUUUUUUUCAAUUGCUUGCUCCCUGUUAUGGGAUGCAACAAUCGAACGCGUUAAUGCCAUGUGUUUCUUCAGUUCCAUUAUUUAGAUUAAGGAAAAAUGAAGAAACGUGUUUUUUUUCUAAUUAUAUAAAAUUAUGUGGAGCUUAUUCUGCAUUA